AUGCAGUUCAGCAACAUCAUCCUCUCUAUUGCCUCUGUCUCCGGCCUGGCUAUGGCUGCCCCUCAGGAUAUCACUGCCAGACAGGCCAAUUUGGACAGGGUCAAUUCGAUCCUGCGCGACGCCAGGACCUCCUCUAUGGAGCAGAUCGAAGUAGGCGGAGGCCGUGGCCGCAAGCUUUCAAGCACGAACUGCAGUACAGCUUGCUCUCAAUGCCAGACCGGCGCAGUCACCACUGCAGUGGGUGAGAUUGCCUUGUGUGGAACCGCUGCCCUCGCCACCGAAGUCGCCACUGCCGGCGUGGCGACCAUCCUUGAGAUUACUGGCUUUGUCGCCUGCGAGACUGCCGUCAUUGGUGAGCUGAACAAGAGCGAGGCUGAGUGUUCCAGUCUUCCUUAA